AUGAGUCUCAGUCUAGGUAUGUUGGAGCUGGGAGUGGCAGCACAGUUUGCCCUGAAAAAUGAAAUCCAAAAUGAUCGUGGAAGCUUCCCUUCAGGCAAGAUGUCUGAGAACUUUCGAGAGAAGCCCAAGCGGUUGUGUGAAUCGUCUUGCAGGCGCCACUUCAUCUUAAUGUCUGGCUUCCCAAUCUUCCCGAUGAAUGCCUUAUCCUACAGAGUUUGUAAACUGUACAUUUAAUACAAUGUGAAAUAAGAGGGUGAUGUUUCUAACCUGAAAGUGGCUUUCUAGGCAACCAACAGCCAAGAAGAUUCCCAAGGGCGAGAUCUGGUGACCAACACUUUAAAAUAUAAACAGCGAGUAAGUGAAGGAGUGAAAUGUGUAAGGAACUGAUAGAUAAGGGGGAAAGGGGGGCAAAUGCAGAAACUCAGCAAAAGGGGGCAUAUGACUCAGUUUUCAGAAGACAAGAGAAGGCUGUUUGGAGAAGGAAUUUCAUAUCAGCCCUGCGCCACCCACACCUGGUAACAAACUACGUUGAUAAGCAUCAUGAGAACACCAAAUAAAAUGGAGCAAUUUAAGAAACAAUGGCCAGUUGGAAGUUAUAUCUGAAGAAAUGGCAGCAGAUCAAAGGAAGAGAAGAAACCCAACACAAGAACUAGUAAGCUGGGAGGAAAAUAACGAUUAGCAACUAGAAAAUUUGUAUUUAAGGGUACAUUUACACAAACCUGCUUUCAUCAGCUGCAGGGAAUGGUUUGAGAAACAUAAGCGCACACCAUUGUCCUUCGCUUCCCUUUUCCCUGUCCCAAGGUAAAUGUUGCCCCAAUAUAAACAUUCUCUGAGCCCAAGUCCCCUGUGCUUUGCCUCUGGGCACUGCCAAGACCAGCUUCCCAUAGCGGGAGAGAGAUCUCAAGUAGUCAGCACUGAUGGCAAAUAUGCGGUUGUGAAGUAUCCGGGGCAUGCAAAACACCACAACUGCAAUACUUGGGGUAUAGGACACGGGGGGCCUUCUAGUGGUUCCCUCAUUGCAAGAAGUGGUUACAGGGAACCAAGCACAGGGUCUUCUUGGUAGUGGUGCCGUCCCUGUGGAACAGCCUCAGGGAGGCUCAGGGAGUGGUGCCGUCCCCUGUGGAACGGUGUCAAGGAGAUAAAAAACUACACAACUUUUAGAAGACAGCCCUGUAUUGGAAAGUUUUUAGUGUCUGGUGUUUUAUUAUGGUUUUAUAUGUGUUGGAAGCCACCCAGAUGGGUGGGGUAUAGAAAGAAGAGGAGGAGGAGGAGGAAUGACAAAGACGUAUACCUAAGAACAUACCCUCCAGCAUUUCUCUGAUGAAAAUAGGGAAGUCCCAUUCCAUAAUGAUACUUUUACUAUUUAUGCCCCACACAUCUUACUGGGUUGCCCCAGCCACUCUGGACAGCUUCCAAUAUAUAUAAAAACAUUAAAAAACAUUAAAAAAAUUAAAACCCCUUUCCUAUACAGGAUUGCCUUCAGACGAUUCAGGGGGUCGGAUAACUCCAUUUAUCUGAUGAAUAUAGGGACAUCUUAAGGAAAACUUGGACAUUCCAGGAUCAAAUCAGAAACCGGCACAGCUUCUCUAAAUCAGGGACAUCCCUGGAAAAUAGGGACACUUGGAGGGUCUGUAAGAACAGUCCUGCUGGAUUAGGAGAGUGGCCAUUUUAGUCCAGCAUUCUGUUCUCACAGUGGCUAAGCAGAUGCCCAAAGGAAUCCUGCAAACAGCACUCAUUUCCCCAGCAACUAGCAUUCAGAAGCAUCUUGUGGAGGUAGACUGUAGCCAUCAACAGCCUUGCGAUUCAUGAAUUUGCCUCAUCCUCUUCUAAAGUCAUCCAAGUCGAUGGCUGUCACUAUACCCUGCAGGAGCAAAUUCCAGGGUUUAAUUAAGGGCUGUGUGAAGAAGAGUUUCUUUUUCUCUCUAUUGAAACUUCCAAUGCUCAUCUUCAUUGGACUGGUCCCCCCAAUUCUACUGGUGCAUAAUUUCACAGACAAACAAGAAAGUAGAGGAGAAGGCUUCACAGCAACAAGUUGUUCACAUCAACUGAAGUUGCACAAAAAGGAAGUGAGAAGUGAUUGGUUCCCUGUGCUCACCUGAACCUAGGUAGCUCAGCUCAUCCCAGGGAUUAGCUGUCCUUCAGUAUCUACUGUAGUGUUUGCAACUCUUUUUGGACUACAACUCCCAUCAUCCCUAGCUAGCAGGGCCAGCGGUCAGGGAUUAUGGGAAAUGUAGUAAAGAACAACAACCCAGCGGGCGACCCAUGUUUGGGAAACAGUGUUUCUUCACAGUGACUCAGACUGGCAGCCUCAUGUUCACAUGGCCCCGAUAGGCGACUGGUGGAACAUGGCAAAGUGAGAGUGAAAAUAAAGGGAGACAAAUGGAAAAGCUGUUAGAAUUAGGCCCCAUCCACACUAUACCGUCAAAGCAGUAUCUUACCACUUGAAACCGUCAUGGCUUCCCCCCAAAGCAUUCUGGGAACUGUAGUUCAUUAUGAGAGUUGUUAGUCGACCCACAUGCCCCUCACAGAGCUACCGUUUCCAGAUCGCCUGUCAAGCCGCUCUGAUAACUGUAGCUCUGUGGUGGAGAUAAGGUUCUCCAAACAAGUCCCAUCGCCCUUAACAAACUACACUUCCCAGUAUUGACUAAAGGGCUGCAGUGGCUCCCCAUCUGUGGAAUGCUCUCCCCAGGGAAGUUCGCCUGGCGCCUUCAUUGUACACCUUUAGGCUCCAGGCAAAAACGUUCCUUUUUCACCAGGUUGAUCCGAUUUACAUACUAUGCCCUUUUAAAAUGUGUUUUUUGGGGGGGGCUAUUGGGUUGUUGUUAUUUUUAUUAGGUAUUUUGUGGUUUUAUAUCUUGAUUUUAUUCUGGGAACCGCCCUGAGACCCCCGGGUAUAGGGUGGUAUAUCAAACAAACAAACAAACAUUCUUUGUGGGAGGCCAUGACAGUUCCAAGUGGUAGGAUACUGAUUUGAAGGUACUGUGCAGACUCCAUACAGUGGUACCUCAGGUUAAGUACUUAAUUCGUUCCGGAGGUCUGUUCUUAACCUGAAACUGUUCUUAACCUGAAGCACCACUUUAGCUAAUGGGGCCUCCUGCUGCCACUGUGCUGCCAGAGCACGAUUUCUGCUCUUAUCCUGAAGCAAAGUUCUUAACCCAAGGUAAUAUUUCUGAGUUAGCAAAGUAUGUAACCUGAAGCAUAUGUAACCUGAGGUACCACUGUAGUCCUGGAGAUGAGCCAGAGUAAAGAGAGCCCAAGAAACAACAGGCUAAAUCAGGACCCAUGAAGCUAGGUGAUGUGACCACCUUAGGCAGCAAGAUCCCCAUGUAGAUCUCUAGUCUGCCCUUGUUUCUGAAGUAGAUCUUCACUCACCCCUUCUUUCCUGGGGGGCGGGGGAGCACUACUUGCUUGUUCGUCUCAGGUACCCAAAUGUCUCGGGCCACCCCUGGACUUAAUGCUCAGAGGUCAUUACAUGGAAGUAAAUGUUAGCCUUGGAUUAUCCCUAACUAAAAACACCGCGAGGUCCUGUUCUCUUGUAGCAAGCGGCAGGUUCCAGAGUGCGCAGCUGUGCUCUGGCUUUCUUUGAGGAGAAUGUGGCUCCUAUUUACCCAGCAUGCCGCACUCCUUAAAAAUACCUGGCCGUAAAUGAGGGGAAGGGGAAGCUUCCGGGUGCUUUGGGUUUCCCAAAAUCCAGGUUCCCAUAACGGAAACGAGGCGUAUGUGUGUUUUGGGGGACUGCUGUGGUUUGAUUGCCGAGUGCCUGACAUUGUGGACCCAGCAAAUCACGCAGCCCUUGGAAACCCCAGAAGAUGUCCCAUGCGCCAAAUGUCAGAGUCAGCACAUUCCAAAAUAAAAGGGAAAAUGCAAUGAAUAAGAAGAAGGUGGUGAUAAUAACAAUAAUAAUAAUAAUAAAGACAAGAGUAAGAUAUUCAGUAAAAAAAAAAGGACAGCAAUCGCUAUUCCUGAUCGGUGCGAUUUCUUCCCUACCUGCACCCCCCCUUCCCCUCUUUCUUCUUUCAGCCAGACGACAGGCAAUCAUUUACAUGAGGCUCUCCAUUAUACGCCGAAAUAACAGUGCAGUUUUCAUUAACAAAAGAGACUGCCUCUCUCCUCUUGGUUUGUGUUGUCAAGAUACUUUAGCUGAAAUAUACAGCGAUUUCCAACACUUACCCUGCUUGUCACACUGAGAGUGAAAUAAUGGCUGACAUUAGGAAGAUUAUUUCUCUGCAAUAAAAUUACCUUUCACAACAUAUUUCUAUCUAAGUGGAAAUGAUAGAAAUCAUAGAUUCUAUUUUCAAAUGGAGGGACGGGGUGGAGUAAAGGGAGAAGAGAAUGAAAGCAACAGGAUUUCUCCCUCCACCCCACCUCCCCAGAGCCAGUCAGGAAGGCAGCGCAGGGAAAACGCAGGCCUGUCUGCCAACAGAGGCCUAAAUGGAACGCCGUGGAUUUGCCAAAAAAUAAAAGAGGAAGACCAAAAAUGCUUUAAUAACAGGUACAAUAGAUUCAAACGAGUGGCUCCCCUUUCACACACAGGGCAAGCUUAAAGUUUUGUGGGGCACAAAGUAGGAUUGGGGAGCCGGGGAUCUGCCUUAACGGGCAAUCCGUUGCAAAACUGACCUUAUCAGCAGCUAAGAAAGUCUGUUGCAGGACUCUGCAGGUGGCCAGCCAAUUUGCACCAGGAAGGUGACAUCUGAAAUUAUAUCUGCAUAGCUUUUGCUGCUUAAAGCCUGGGAUAGGGAUGGAUGGGGUGGGGGGGUGGGCAGCAAAUUUGAUUCAGUUCACAUUUAAAAGCGAACCUACCUCAUCUGCACUUUUUGAAACAACUCCUGAAACAAAACAUAGUCACCCUUGGAAAUUCCCUCAAUUUUUUCCAUGCAGCCAAGUACAAAAACGCACAUGCUAGGGUAAAGUGUGCCUAAAAAUACAUACCGUAGAUGAUCAUUUUGCGGGGUUUUUUGUUCCCAGCCCCUGUAUGCAUCAACGAAGUGCAUCAUAGGGUUGCCAUAUUUUGGAGAUCAAAAAAAAGAUUACACAUUUGCCGACUUCUACUUUUAACUAUGGAUCGCUGUGAUGACUCUACCCAUGAAAAUUACGACAUGCUCUGGAAAAAGAGGAUAUAUAGCAAGUCUGACGCCCUGCCCUGUUACACCCCGUCCCCGCCCCGAUUCCACCCUUUUUGUGACAUAUUUUGUGACAUUUUCGGUGAUUUCCGGGCUCAGCGCUGUGCAUGUGUGCACAAUCACACAUCUUUGGGAUGCGUGUCAAUCGGUCAUGGCCUGUACGUUAGUGAUGACCACCAGCCUUCUAAAAUGUGAGCUGAGCUUGCUUUAGGGUUUUCCUGAAUAACAGAGGUACGUUUGUCAAGGAAUCCCCGCUGGCUGCAGCUCUCUGUCCAACGAGCCUGGCACCACUCAUGUAUGAAACGGCCCUCAUUUCAAAACUAAUCUUUAGUCAGACCAAUGUCUGGAUCAGACCAAGCACACAUCUUGCCCAGCAUUCAGUUCCCCAAAUGCCUCUUGGGAAGCCCAUGAACAAGGCACAAAGGGAGCAGUCUAUUCCUUCCCAGAAACAGGUACCCAGAGAUCCACCUGAUCCUAGAUCAGCCAUCUUGGUUAGUAAUCAUUGGUGGACCUCUUUUUCUCCACAAAAUCUGUCUGAACCUCCUUUAAAAGAUCAGUUCCAGUAUUAUGAGAGGCAGAGAAUAAGGUGUGUUUCCAUUUUCUCCUUAUCAUGCAUAAUUCUAUGAACUAUCAAAAUGCCUCCCUUUAGUCAUCUUUUUCCUUAAACCAAAAAGAGAAACAACUCCCCAUAUUUUUGCUUUUCUGGUAUCUUUGGUCAUUUUUGGUUGCCCUAUUUCUCACAUUCAAUCUGGGACCAAAGCACCAAUAAAACUUCCUUGGGACUGGAAUUGGUUAGCCUCUAGUGAGUUUCCUUGACGAACCACAGCAAUUCCAACAGUGUGGCCAUGUACCCUACUUGACAGAGGCAGUCCUCUAUCUCAAAUGCUGCCAGAGAGGAUAAACAAUCCAAAGAAAGGAGAGCAGCAAGAGGGGGUUUAAAUUUGCCCAUCAACCAUUUGCACCCAGACAGCAGGAUGUGCUGGCACACGGGACACCGAAUCUCAGGUCGCCUCUCACCCCCUAUGGUGAGAUGUACAGUGGUACCUCAGGUUAACUUAAUUCGUUCCAGAGGUCCAUUCUUAACCUGAAACUAUUCUUAACCUGAAGCACCACUUUAGCUAAUGGGGCCUCCUGCUGCCGCCACACCGCCGGAGCCCGAUUUCUGUUCUUAUCCUGAAGCAAAGUUCUUAAUCUGAAGCACUAUUUCUGGGUUAACGGAGUGUGUAACCUGAAGCGUAUGUAACCUGAAGCGUAUGUAACCCGAGGUACCACUGUAUUUCUAUUUAAGCUGCGCAACUAUUUCUAACUUCCAUCUAUAAAGAUUGAUUCACGUAUGCACAUUUCAUUGAGCCUUUCCCUUCCCCCUCAUUUUUAAGAAUGGCGCAAGUGGCUGCCGUAAAUCACUUGUGCACGCACCUCCAGACUAGCAUUCUGGAGAACAGAAUCUCUUCUGUCCCCCUCCAAGAGUGUUUUUUGCAUAAACGAAGAGCAAAUAUUCUUGGAAAAGCACCUCUCCGCACACAUCCACACCAGCCAGUCCCCAGGCAUCCUUUUGUAGUUUAACCUGCACGAGGGGGAAAUGGUUCUUUGCUCUGUUCAAAUCUGACCACAUUGCUGGCAUUUUUCUGCUUUCGCUCCAAUGUCUGGGUAUCGUAAGAAGGCACAGUGUGUUAAAACUGCACAACCCCGCACCUCGGGGAAGAGAUAGGGAGCCUGCCUGCUCCUUCCCCAGCCAAUGUUCCAAGUUCUCAUAGUGUUAACUGUCUUCUCUUUAAAUCCCUUCAGUUCUGCCUGCCACCGAGGGCGACCCAGAUCACAUUAGAUUCCCAAAGCAAAGGGAACGGUUCUCAUCUAUCCGUCACCAAGGAGGCAGACAGGACCGGGGAACAACAAGGCAUUUGUACCUGAGGAGGAGGACACUCCUGGGAAACAAACAGAUGAGCCACCCCACGAAUCCGAGCUAUUCUCCAGAGGUAAACAGAACUGCAUGAGAAACACACAAAUUAUCAGGGACAUCUCGGUAAUUCUCCCUUGCUUCAAGCUGCUGGUGAGGUGGGCUCGGGGUCUGAAACACUACAUUGUCCCAGGGGUCGAGCGUGUGAGAAUGUUAACCCUUGGAAAAUAAUGAGGAUGUUGGGGGAAGGCAGGGGGAGAGCGGGGGGCGGGGAGAGGAGGCAGGCCCCAGCCUCGCAGAGACCUGCCAUUCAUUUCACAACCACCACAACAUGCUGAGCAAGCCCUUCCCAAACCACAUGGCAUUAUGCCCAAGGCAGAGGCAUGCUUAACUAACACACACACACACACACACACACACACACACGAGUUCCCCUGCUACAUCUUUGUGAGAAUCACGGGCCUGCUUAAAACAAUCCCGUUGUAUCAGUGGAAAUUGGUGGGUUGCUUUCAGUAUUAAGUCCCAAACAGACAUGUUUUCCCACGUAACAGGGAUAACACCAAGGUUGCAGGUUUGAUCCCCGUAUGGGACAACUGCAUAUUCCUGCAUUGCAGGGGGGGUUGGACUAGAUGUCCCUCAUGGUCCCUUCCAAAUCUGCAAUUCUAUGAUUCGAAGUGCGCCUCCAACUGCCCCAUUUUAAUUAAAAAUUAAAAAUGCUGAAUGGUCUCAUUCCAAGGGCAACUCAGGCUGCGUUCACAUGGCAGAUUAAUGCAUUUUCACAGUGUUUUCCUAAUUGCUUAUUUACACGUUAUACAGUCGUACCCCCGCUUACGUAUCCCUCCAGUUAUGUAAACUUCAGGAUACGUAAGCGGCAAAGUAUAUUACCGGGUUUUUGCCGUGCAUACAUGCGCAGAAGUGGUGUCUCCGGUUGCGAAAACCUCGGGAUCUGGCCGGACCUCCGGAACGGAUCCUGUCCGCAACCAGAGGUACCACAGUAUUUGAGCUUUCACACAAUGUAAAAGCCACUUCUGGAACAAUGGUGGAACUAUAGUGCAUGUUUAGUACUCAUUUCCAUCUUACUUGCAAAUGGAUAUUUUCUGGAAGCAAAAUGCGUACUAUUUUUAUUUUUAAAUUUGCAUACCACCCUUCAUCCGUAGAUCCCAGGACAGUUCUCAACAUAAAAAUACAAGGUAAAAACACAAAAUGCAUAAUAAAAACAAGAACGAACAAACAAGUAAACAAACCAAAAACAAAACAAAAACCCCUCCACUCCCACCCUCUACCACAAACACGUUAAACCUUGCACUAUAUUCCACUAUAGUUCCAGAAGCGGCUUUUACAUCAUGUGAAAGCUCAAAUACAGUGAGGAACUUAAUAAAAGUAAUGACAAUUGAAUAAAUUGCUGUGUGAAUGCAGCCUCAGCAUGUCAAAGCAACACUGUGUCCUGAGGGCCCUUACAGAAGGCACUGUCAGGCAUAAUGUCGGAAAUAAAUGGGGGUGGGCAGAAAUAAACAUAUAAAAUGACAUUUUAGAAAAAAAUAAAUGCACUUUAUAGUUAGCACCAAAAUGAUGCAUUCCUAAAAUUAAACACAAUUAGCAAAAUGGUCUAAUUGUGUCCUUUGGUAUGAAGUUCUUCGUUCUGAUCUGUGAGUGAAAAAACUAUACCCAAUUUACUUAUGUCAAGACCCAGCACAAAGUAUGCAUUCCGCCUGUUGCUUUCAUUGCUAAAUGAGCUGCCUGAGCAAUGGUACAUGUGGGACUGCAGAGCUUCCACAGGCAAACCUUUGAAAAACAUAUGUUAUAAUUGUUGGCAUCCCUCAAGGGACACUGAAGUGCUCCUCCAGAGAUGAAGUCAAACGCUGGAGAAUCACAGCGCCUGCUGUGGCUGCAGAGACCAAUAACUCAUAAUGGCUGCCUCCCACAUUGCUUUUGCUGCAUUAGGAGCACCAAAGGGACCUCUCCAGGGCACAAUCCUAGGCAGUGUGUUGUGGAAGUCCUGGGUUGCCCAGAGGUCAAGACACACCCCCCCCAGCCUUGCCGGACUGGUCCAAAUAAAAGCAGAGGAAUGUGUUUGGCACCAGCUUGGCUGCAGGAGUUGCCAGAAGGAGGCAUACAAGAUACCACCCAACUAUCUUAGGGAUGCUACUCUGGAUUUGUGUAGGGUUUACUCCUUAGCCUUUUCUUCUCCUGAAGACAUCCCACAAGGCAGCAGAGGUUUAGGAUCAGAGUUUUCCUUCUCCUAGAUGAACUACCCAGGUGGAUGAGCCCCACUUGCCCCUCACUUCCCUCUACAGCACACGCAGAAACCACCUUCUUGACUGUUGGACCACCAAGCCAAACUCAACCCACCAGCUGUGAAUUUUGGGGUGAGGAGUCCAAGAGCUUUCUGGACAAGAGCUUUUAAGACAAGGUGGCUGAGUGGCUUCAUUCUUUUCUGAAGCAAGGGGUGGGGGAAACCGCUCGUCAUUGCUUCAGCAGUGUCUUGGCUUCCCGCAGCAGGUAGCUUUCUAAGUGGGAAUAUAAUGCCUCAUUGAGAAAAAUGCUACAUCACAAAACAGUGUUCCAGGCUGGAAUAGAAUGCACAGUAGGAGUGGCUCUACAUCAUGUAACACCAUUCCCAGAGGGUAUUGGUUCCAAAUGCUGUGAGCCUCCUCCAGGAAGCCAAAAAAGCCAAGCCAAUGAAAUCCUUAGCUACCUAUCUAGAAUUGCUCCAAUGUCUUUAUCCUGGCAAUAUGUUGACUGUUAACUGUUUGCACGGUACAAACUUAAGAUUAUGAAGCCUGUGAUGCAGUGCAAACAUGGAGGGAAAUAUCCGUGCACAAAGAACCAUGAGCUCAUACUUGAAAUAAAUGGUUGGUUGUUGUGAAGGAAUGGGCAGCCCAAUUUUCCCUAGAUGUCCAAUGCUUAGUUUGAAAUAUGGAUUACAAGGUAGAGUUCGUUCAGCUGGUUUUGGUGACAGCCAUGGAGUAAAUCCAAGGAAAUCAAUGGACUUUCCCCCCAUGAAUUCCAAUGGAUAUGUUCCAUGUCUCAGUUGGCGAUAUUGUACUAUAUAAUAAAAUUAAGAGGCUGUCGUCAUGCUGUAGUUCCUGGGGCAACCAAUAGGUAGCCACAGAAACUCCAGCAUGAAGAAAGAUUCAUAUGUGAGCACACAAGCGGUAUGGGUGGCAGCCAGCCAGGUCAGCUGUUUAAAAGUGAGAGCCACUUCAGAGUGUGGUUCGACAAACCACUCUCUGAAGUGCCUCUCCCCCACCCAAUAAACAUUGCUAUCAUGGCAAUUAACAGAGUGGGGAAGUGCUUCAGACAGCAAUUUGCCAAACCAAUUUAUGAAGGGCCUCCCACCCUCCUUUAAAAAGGGGUGGGAUGGGGUAAACUGUGAAUGGAGGUGGGCUUGGGGCAAGUAGGGAGGGUUUGGGUGAGCUGGGAAGGGAUGGGUUGCAGCAAACUGUGAGAGGUGGGGUGAGCUAUGAUUGGGAGGUUUGGGAAAGCCGUGAGGGAAUAGGGGGUGGGUGGGGUGUAAAGAGAGAGUGAUUUGUUGAGGUGUAAAGGGAGGAUGGGUUGUGGGGAAAGUGAGAUUGGCAGGUAGGCAGUACUGGAGACCAGAGUGGCAGCGCCUUUGUUGUUUAGUCGUGUCUGACUCUUCGUGACCCCAUGGACCAGAGCACGCCAGGCACUCCUGUCUUCCACUGCCUCCCGCAGUUUGGUCAGACUCAUGUUCGUAGCUUCGAGAACACUGUCCAACCAUCUCGUCCUCUGUCAUCCCCUUCUCUUGUGCCCUCAAUAUUUCCCAACAUCAGGGUCUUUCCCAGGGAGUCUUCUGUUCUCAUGAGGUGGCCAAAGUAUUGGAGCCUCAGCCUCAGGAUCUGUCCUUGCAGUGAGCACUCAGGGCUGAUUUCCUUAAGAAUGGAUAGGUUUGAUCUCCUUGCAGUCCAUGGGACUCUCAAGAGUCUCCUCCAGCACCAUAAUUCAAAAGCAUCAAUUCUUUGGCUGUCAGCCUUCUUUAUGGUCUAGCUCUCACUUCCAUACAUCACUACUGGGAAAACCAUAGCUUUAACUGUAUGGACCUUUGUCGCAAGGUGAUGUCUCUGCUUUUUAAGAUGCUGUCUAGGUUUGUCAUUGUUUUUCUCCCAAGGAGCAGGCAUCUUUUAAUUUCGUGGCUGCUGUCACCAUCUGCAGUGAUCAUGGAGCCCAAGAAAGUAAAAUCUCUGACUGCCUCCAUUUCUUCCCCUUCUAUGUGCCAGGAGGUGAUGGGCCCAGUGGCCAUGAUCUUAGGGGUUUUUUAUGUUGAGCUUCAGACCAUAUUUUGCGCUGUCCUCUUUCACCCUCAUUAAAAGGUUCUUUAAUUCCUCCUCACUUUCUGCCAUCAAGGUUGUGUCAUCUGCAUAUCUGAGGUUGUUGAUAUGUCUUCCGGCAAUCUUAAUUCCGGUUUGGGAUUCAUCCAGCCCAGCCUUUCGUAUGACGAAUUCUGCAUAUAAGUUAAAUAAUCAGGGAGACAAUAUACAGCCUUGUCAUACUCAUUUCCCAAUUUUGAACCAAUCAGUUGUUCCAUAUCCCGUUCUAACUGUACUUCUUGUCCCACAUAGAGAUUUCUCAGGAGACAGAUAAGGUGAUCAGGCACUCCCAUUUAUUUAAGAACUGGCCAUAGUUUGCUGUGGUUGACACAGUCAAAGGCUUUUGCAUAGUCAAUGAAGCAGAAGUAGAUGUUUUUCUGGAACUCUCUAGCUUUCUCCAUAAUCCAGCACAUGUUUGCAAUUUGGUCUCUGGUUCCUCUGCCCCUUCGAAAUCCAGCUUGCACUUCUGGGAGUUCUCAGUCCACAUAUUGCUUAAGCCUGCCUUUUAGAAUUUUAAGCAUAACCUUGCUAGCGUGUGAAAUAAGUGCAAUUGUGCGGUAGUUGGAGCAUUCUUUGGCACUGCCCUUCUUUCUGAUUGGGAUGUAGACUGAUCUUCUCCAAUCCUCUGGCCACUGUUGAGUUUUCCCAACUUGCUGGCAUAUUGAGUGUAGCACCUUAACAGCAUCAUCUUUUAAAUUUUUAAAUAGUUCAGAUGGAAUAACAUCACUUCCACUGGCCUUGUUAUUAGCAGUGCUUUCUAAGGCCCAUUUGACUUCACUCUCCAGGAUGUCUGGCUCAAGGUCAGCAACCACACUACCUGGGGUAUACGAGACUUCCAUUUCUUUCUGGUAUAGUUCCUCUGUGUAUUCUUGCCACCUCUUCUUGAUGUCUUCUGCUUCUGUUAGGUCCUUUCCACUUUUGUCUUUUAUUAUGGUAAUCUUUGUACGAAAUGUUCCUUUCAUAUCUCCAAUUUUCUUGAACAGAUCUCUGGUUUUUCCCAUUUUAUUGUUUUCCUCUAUUUCUUUGUAUUGCUCAUUUAAGAAGGCCCUCUUGUCUCUCCUUGCUAUUUUUCGGAAAUCUGCAUUCAAUUUCCUGUACCUUUCACUAGCUCCCUCACAUUUUGCUUGCCUUCUCACCCCUGCUAUUUGUAAGGCCUCGUAGGACAUCCACUUGGCUUUCUUGCAUUUCCUUUUCAUUGGGAUGGUUUUCGUUGCUGCCUCCUGUAUAAUGUUACGAGCCUCCAUCCAUAGUUCUUCAGGCACUCUAUCCACCAAAUUGAAAUCUGAGAUAUUUUGUUCAAGUUACCGGGAUGAAACUUGAUCUUGAAAAUAUGAAGAAUUUUAUUAAAAUUUUAUGCAAUAAAUAUCAUGUUACUGGUUUCACAUCUUCAUCUCUUUUUCCUUUUCCUUUUGCUAUAUGAAUCUCUAAAUAGUUUACACUGAUGAUUCUAGCUUGCUAACCUAUCAUAUCAUUCAAUUAAUGAGUUCAGUUUCCAUGACUUGUGAAGCAAUUUGCAACAUCGAAUUGCUGAAUGUUCCCCUGGUGAAAAUAACCUCCCACCACCUUGCAAUUAACAGAAUGUUCAGGUCAGUUCCGUAAUUCCAUUUUACUCCCAUUACCGUUUAUAAAAGAAGAGCAGUUUCUGCAGGAGUAGAAACGAGCACAUUUCCUGCCACUGCUCUCAAGAAUGGUGGUGACUUCUGUGCUUGUUAGAAAUCAUUUCGAUAGACCAUAAUCCAGGGAGACCAGGUGGCACUUUAGCUUUUUGUUUUCCGAAGGUUAAAAAGGAAAACUAUUUCAUAGGUUGUAGGUUAAGUCUGUAGCCUUCGAACCUUUCUUUUGAGGAAUAUUCCAUUGACAUUCCAUUCCAGGAUCAGAGUGCACAAUACAGUUUGGCUUGGCCUCAUUUUUCACUGAGUUUUUGGAAAUAUGUAGAAUCGUAGCACUGAUAGGGAUCUCGAAAGCUCCUCAAGCCCAACCACCAUCCAAAACAGGAAAUCCACUACUACAAGUUUUGCCCAGUCUUUUGGAACGUAUUCCUUGCAGCCCCACCCAAAUUAUAUGUAAUCAGAAGUGAUUCCUGCUGAGAAUUUCUAAGUAGGAUUAGAGACUUUCACUUAGAGUGGCCGUGUGUCCUAUUUUACAGAGCACGGUCCCCUCUUUCAGCAGUGGCUAGCUUGUGGCCCUCUGGAUGUUGUUGGACAUGGUGACCACAUCUUAGCUCCCCCCGUUCUCUGUCUGAAGGGUUGUCCUGCCCAAAUCUGGUUUAAUGCUAAAGAUCUAUACAAGCAAGUGUGGUCCUUGCAGUUGCCCACCCACAGUUAGCAGCACAGGCACAGCAGACUGAGAAGGUCCACAGGUUGCAGUCUUCCUCAUUAGGGUACUAUGUAUUGCGUCUCUAUUUAAACUAUAGUAAUUAAAUAUUUCUAAUUUUUGCAUCGAUACAGAUCCAUUGGCACAUGCUAAUCAUAUGCAGACCUGUGUCCUCUUUCUUCAGAGAUGCCAGGAACUGAGCCAGAGAGUGCAGAUCAUACGCUGUGCCACUGAGUUGCUAAGCUAAAUAGUACAACAAUAAAAUAAUAUUUGGAACAAAUUACUCCAUUAUAAUUAGGCACAGAUAAGUCCUGAUAGCUUCAUUUGAAACUGAGACCUUGGGCUUACCAGAGUAUCAGUUCAAACACUUCCCCUAAUGCUUUUGAUUCUAUCUCUUCAGGGGAACAGGGAAAUAGCUUUGCUGCAGAGCAAAGGUAAACCGCAGGAGAGCUGACAUUGACUAAGCACAUGGCAAAGUGUGCUAACUCUUCGCUUGAGCAGGUAUAAGAAGGGACGUCUGCACACUCUGCCAGUAAAAUAUGGGCUUCUAUUGCCAUGCAGAUACCACAAGGAGCAUCACAAUAAAGCAUGAAUCUCUCUCUCUCUCUGUGUUUCAUUCACUGGACACAAUCCGAUGGAGAUUGACAUUCAUGCCACCUGCAUUUGAGUGUCACUGCCCUACCGGCUAUCUAAUCAAGGCUUGUUUGCACCUCUUAAGGUUACGUUUCCCCACCACCAUUUUGCAAGUGGGACAUCGUGAUUCAGAUCCAAAUCUGAUAUAGACUUUGGACAUUCUGAGGUCCAAAUUUGCUUCCCACCACUACCACCACCACCACCUUUGCCUCGUAAGGCUGCUCAAGAAUCCUACGUCAGUAUCCUUUUUGAGGUGAGGGAAGCAGAACUGUUCACAGUAUUUCAAAUGUGGUAGCUUGUGGCCACAGAGAGUGCAAUCCAUUUCAGAUGCACACACCCCACACAGUCACACACCAAGAUAUUCCAUUCUUGCAGGCCUGAUAUGAGAGCCUGCCCAGCCCAUCUUCCAGUUCCUUGACCCCAUCUCUUUUCUUCCUCUUCAGUAGUCUGUGCCUCUUCCUGUGCCUUUGUUACAUGGCUCCCAGCAGAAUUAUCUUCAUAAAAACUGUUUGAUUAAACAGGCUCUCUCAACAAACAGGAGGUGUGUACAGCAAAACAGGACAAGAGUAUUAAUCAGAGGGUAAAUGUAUGGAAACGGUGCACAAAAGCCAAGCAGGUUGGUUUGUUUAGUCUUCUUUCACUGUUGCGCAUCUUCCUAAAUCUGCCUUUCCUGUCUGAGUCAAGGUAUUGUGCCCGACAGUAUUGUUACCUUCAAAAGCCAAGGUCAGGUUGAGGUAAAGCUCAGAAAAGAUGCAAGGGCAGGCAGCUCUAUUCUGCGAUGGGAACUUUUGCUGCAAGGUAUCAUCCCGAGGUCACCGGUUUACACCCUCUACGAUUUUCGUAAGUUCCUUCAUUAAAAAUUGAGGGUCGACCACAGUACAAAACAGACUGGCAAGCUGGCUUGAAAUUUCUAUCAAUAAUGGAUCAGUUCCUCUAUACUGAUUUCUUUCCAAUAUGACCCUUCGUUAUUUUUAGCACAAAAGAGAGUGUAUCUAAAUACACAACUCUGCUGAAGAGAGAGGGCAGAAAGAGAAGCCAUCACUCAGCUAGACUCAGCUGAACCACCAUCUUCCUGAGCUGCAGACUGUCACUGUCAAAGAUGGUGCAGCUGAACUCCAAGUACAGGCGAGACAUUUCCAUUUAAGAAAAAAAUAAUUCAGAUGCUAAGUUACCCUGGGUUGGCUAAGUACCGCCUUCUCCCUCCAGUUGUAUUGGACCUCAACUCCCACCAGCCUUUGCAGCACACCCUAUGGUUGGGGAUGAUGGGAGUCUGAGUCUAGCAACAUGCACAGGACAAUGGGUCCCCCAUCCCUGCCUAUCCGCUGAAAUAUCCACUGAGACAAACAACUGAGGAGAAUUUGUGCAAUAAAUUCAUAAAACAGCCAUGCAUGAUCAGAGGGGAUUGGCUGAACUUUCACAUCCUCCCACAAAUCCCUCAGACUUGGACUACACCAAAUAUCAUCCAGUUUUACUUUUCAAAUGAGAAUUUAUUUAUCUCAAUGUGUUUGAAAUAUUCCCUGAAAGACGUUUUCCCUGUCCUGUAAUGUGAUAUUGUUUCCUACCCCAACUGCUACUUCUGUUGUUCUGUUCACCUUCUUGUGUUAGUCACAUGGGUGAGCUCAACCAAUCAGGGAUUGUGCACUGAAUGAGGUGGCAUCAUGAUACCAUGCAACCAACACGAUUUAGCCAUGUGACGGAAUCAAUAAUGGUAAGUCAAUGGUAAGUGAAAGCUGGACCUUAAAGAAGGCUGAUCGCCGAAGAAUUGAUGCUUUUGAAUUAUGGUGCUGGAGGAGACUCUUGAGAGUCCCAUGGACUGCAAGAAGAUGAAACCUAUCCAUUCUGAAGGAAAUCAGCCCUGAGUGCUCACUGGAAGGACAGAUCCUGAGGCUCCAAUACUUUGGCCACCUCAUGAGAAGAGAAGACUCCCUGGAAAAGACCCUGAUGUUGGGAAAGAUGGAGAGCACAAGGAGAAGGGGACAACAGAGGACGAGAUGGUUGGAUAGUGUUCUUGAAGCUACCAGCAUGAGUUUGACCAAACUGCAGGAGGCAGUGGAAGAUAGGAGUGCCUGGCAUGCUCUGGUCCAGGGGGUCACGAAGAGUUGGACACGACUGAACGACUAAACAACAACAACAAGUCAAGUCAAUGGUGAGUGACAUCAAUCAAAGGAAAUGUAACUGAAUCAUCUACCAUUUUCACAUGGAAUUGGGGGUGGGGGGCUAACCAUAAAGGGGGGCAUUGUCUGAAACUGCCACAAUAAAUUGUAAGUAGUGUUAUAAUGAAGGUAGCUUAAACACUGAACUGCAGCGAAUGGAAUCAAGGAAGUAUUCAGACAAUGCUCUUCUUGCUCACAUGCUCAAUUAGAUAAUAUGUUAUCUAUUUUAUUUUAUUUCGAUUUGUAUCCUGCCCUUCCUCCCAACAGAGCCCAGGGUGACCAUGCAACAUCUCAGCAAGCUGUUCCAAAUCUGCUGAAACCAACCAUCUUUCAACUACUAAACAAUGUUUACAUGGGCAAAUACAACAUGUGAUCUGAGUUACCAUAGAAUUGCCUGGCAACCACUUUGCAAACCCUUCCACAAUUAUCCUCUGGCCUUCAUGCAAGUGAACCCCCCAGCCAACCAGUAAAUGCACCAAUUGAUUUUUAUUUCUGUUGGCAUCUUGUCUCUUUACCACAGAUGCCCCCUGCUACAAAGAUUUCUAUAAAUAUUUACACCCACAGUGAGAAAAUGCCCAUACGUUGUAUGCUAG